AUGGUGAAUACACGUUCCACUAAGCGUGAUAGUGACGAAGAUUCUUCACCCCCUCAAGCAGCGGAAGACACUGCACUCAUGGAUACCCCGGUGAGUUCCCCGACGCAGGGAGAUCCUGCGUCACCUCUUGUUGCUGCAAGAUCCGGCAAGUCAAUAAUGCACCCGAAGAUUCAGCCGUUUUCUAAGACUGAUCCGGCGUUAUGGUUUGUGCAAUUGGAAAUGGUUUUCGACAUAGCAGGCAUUAUGGAUGAUGUCAGCCGUGUCAAAUACUUAACCACCAAUUUGGGGGAUGCAGUCCUUGCGGAUGUUCGUGAUAUAGUAAUGUCACCUCCGGUUGACGGAAAAUACGAAGCUGUGAAGUGCCGUCUACUGAAGAUUUAUGCUCCGACGCAGGACACCAAGAUCCAACAGUUGCUGCGUAACGAAAAGUUAGGAGACGACAAGCCGUCCGUGUUUCUUCGCAGGCUAAGAUUCUUAGCCGACAGUCAAUACCAGGAAUCGAUGUUGCGCGCGUUGUUUUUGGACCAGUUAUCGCACAGUGCACGUUCGAUUCUCGCAGUGUCCGCACGUCUGACAUUAGAUCAGCUCACCGAGCAGGCUGAUCUCGUUUACGAGCAGCUCAGAUACAUUUCUGCCCCGUCGGUGGCAAGUGUUUCAAAUGAACAAUCAGUGAGUGCUUCUGUGCCGCAACCGGUCGUUGCUUCUAUUUCUAAUCCGGACUCAGUGCUUUCCAGCCUCACUGCGCAGCUCGCGAUGUUAACUACGAGCAUUCAACGGCUCAUAGCUGAAAAUCGGCGUCCGGGACUAAUCACGGCGGCGGAUUUCGGGGAAGCGUUUAAACGUCGCCUAAUAGUGACGGAUAGAAGUUCCGGUCUCAAGUGCUUGAUAGACUCCGGUGCCGAUGUCUCGGUGAUCCCUGCUGGUCCUUCGGACCAUGGUAAACGGCAGGAGACUCCUCUUUAUGCUGCCAACGGUACAAAAAUUGCUACCUUCGGCACGAAACUUUUAACGAUGGAUUUCGGUUCGUCGCGAGUGUUCCCGUGGGAAUUUGUGGUUGCUGACGUGACUAGAGCUAUUCUAGGAACGGAUUUUCUAGAUCAUUUCCAGCUCUUAAUAGACAUUCACAAUAAACAAUUAAUUGACACGGUGUCUUCGUCGUGCGUUCGCGGCGUUAUCAGUUCGGUUGAGACACUCUCCGUUAGUCGAGUGCUGAAUGGCAACCGUUUUCAAAGUCUCCUGAAGGAGUUCCCGGAGUUACAGCGCUCAUCGUGGGUGCCUUCCAAGGUCGUCCAUAAUGUCACCCACUGCAUCGAGACGACUGGUCCGCCUCUCACCGCUCGGGCUCGUAGGCUCGACCCGGAGAAGUUCAAGGCUGCGAAGCAAGAAUUCGACGUAAUGUUAAAAAACGGUAUAUGUCGACCGUCAUGCAGCCCGUGGGCCAGCCCGCUUCAUCUUGUGAAGAAGAAGGAUGGAUCCUGGCGUCCGUGUGGAGAUUACCGGCGCCUGAAUAACGUGACGAUACCGGACAGGUAUCCGAUUCCGUUUUUACAUGAUUGUAUGACCUUCCUGCAUGGUUCGAAGAUUUUCUCGACCAUUGACCUGAAACGCGCGUAUCAGCAGAUACCAGUGCGCGAGCAGGAUAUUCCGAAGACAGCGAUAAUUACGCCGUUUGGGCUCUUCGAGUUCCCUUACAUGACCUUCGGGUUACGGAAUGCUGCUCAAUCGUUUCAGAGGUUCAUGAACCAGGUUGUCGCCGGCCUGGAUUAUUGUUCU